AUGAAACAACAGCAACAACAACAAGAGCAAAAACAACCAGGCUGGUGGCCAGAGGAGUAUGCACCUGAGAACCCAAAUUGCCCCGUCAUCGUUUCAAGAAUGAACAAGGUGAUCAAAAACUGCAAGGGCGCAAAAUACCCAGUAGAAAACAUAUGGGACGACGACGGCUUUAUGGUCAAGGCAAUUCAGCAAGCUAACAGCAAUGUUACCGGAAGCCAUACGCAACACGUGGCCACAGAUGCUCCUGCACUCCCUCUACCAGACCAAGACGGCUCGGAUGAAUCGCCUCUCAGCAGUAAAGACUCGAUGUCCGGUUCUCACAAUGACAAACUGAGUAAAUCACCGAAUCGUCCUCUUUCUGUUGACAGCGACAAGAGCUUUCCUGCCCUUCCGACACUACCUCCAGUGUCCGAAACCAUAUCCCACCUCAGGGGCAGCGACUGGCUCACAGACAGUGAUAUGUUGCGCUGUGUGGAGCUCUUGAAAGCCUCUAAUGAAUGGCAUAUUUUCGAUCCGGGAUAUCCCUCUGAGGAGUCCAAAUUGUCCGGGACAAACAAGAUUUCUGCAAAUAACCUGAUCUUCUUCAUCAAUGCCAAGCACCACUGGUCGCUUUGUCAUCUAGACAGACAACUAGGGCAGCUCAAGCAUUAUAAUCCUCUUCCGUGGAAGAUGCCGGUUGAUGUCCUGAAGUCAUGGAUACUGGAACAGCCGAGAAUUGGGCCUACUGAUGGACUCAACAUUUUCGAAGAAAAAUGUCCCCAACAAGAAGACGGCUUCAACUGCGGUAUCUUCACUCUGGCUAUCUGCCAGGCUCUGGUGAAUGGGAAUCCUAUCCCAUUGGAAGUCGAUGCCAAUAACCUUCGCAGUUUCUUUGCCAAACAGCUUGAGAGUCCUAUAAGUUCGGAACUUGCCAAGCCCUCCAGCGAAGCUGCAUCUCUUGGAGUGCCACGAAUAGACUGCCGACCGUUAUUUGAGCAGAGCCAUUCCGACGCCGACAACUUUGGCUUCCUUGACAACUCUGGAGAGCAUGACAUGAAAAUUUCUGACACCCUAAAUUACUUGGACAAAUUUGAAAAGUGUUUGGGAAAAGCAAACGCCAAUCUGACAGAAGAUAUGAAAGCCCUUGAGAAGCACAAGGGCAAAGUGGUAGAAAUGUUGCAAGAACAAGAUGCACUUGAACAAAAGCUGGAAAACGAACAGAGGUUGGCAGCUGAUCUCGCGGGGAAGGUUGAGCAGUCACAGAUUGAUUAUAAAGGAGCGUGCGAAUGGUUGAACCAACACGGCACGGGGCGCAUUGUUGAGCCUGCGAAUACAUUGCUCAAUAAGAUCAUAACGGAUGCCAAGUCGAUGAUUCAGUCAUCGGCAGCAGAUAUCGAGUCAUGCAAGGAAAGAUUGGAAAGCAUGCAAGCAAAUUGCGACGAAUACAAGGGUACGAUAGAAAAGCUACAGGUCGAAAUCAUUUCUAGCACCAGACAGAGAGAUGUGAUAGAGGAGAGGGUUAAGAGACAGAGAGAGAAUUUAGCACAUGUAGAUGAGAAAUUUGCCAAGGUUGCGGUGCUGCGGGGUUUUACUAAAUGUAAGAAUUAG